GCAGAGGCAGGAGGGUUGCUACCGAGUAUUUUGCAGCUUCCGUUCAAUUCAGUAGGAGUUAGGAGAACUGAGCAUCUUGCAAGGAUGGGGGUGUGAGCGAGGCAUUCAUCUGAAGGUAAACUGUGAACUGUACCCAUUUUGGGAUUCUGACAGCAUAAUAAACGUGCACACUGCACUUGCAUACGCCUUAUUUAUAAACUUAUACAAAGGCGAGGGUUCCAAAAGUGGACCAAUUAGGAGCAAAGGAGGUUACUGGAUCACUAAAGGACUUCCUUUAAUAAACAAGUACAAAUGAAGACUUUCCUAGUGGGGGAUACAAGCUGCACUUCUGCUGUUCACUUUCGGUCCCUCCCGUAAAUAUUUCCAACGCAGCCAUGUGCAUCCUCGGCCAGCCCUGGCCCCUUCUGUCGCUGCUCCGGCAUCGUGCUCCGUGAGGGGCGAUUUGGCUAGGCUGCGGCGGGUUCUCCUGCUGCUGGAGCUGCCGAGGGAGGAAGGAAACCCAAGGGCAGAGAGCAGCGGCCGGCAAGGGGCAUGGCAGAAGUGGAACGGAGAGUAAUUAGAGAGCAGAAAUAAUAUGCUGCUGUGUGAGAGAGGGAGAGGAGAGAUUUUGAAACAACUCGACCCACCUAUGCACCCCAGCCUUCUUGCCCCAAACUGUUUCCUCCUCCGCCAGAAACAGACAAACUACAGCCUAGUCUUUGCCUAUGGUGGGAAAAAUCUGUGCAUGCAAAAGUGUCCCAGUGAGUUCCUAAAUGCUUCAUUCUUUGCACAUCUGUAUGAUGUCUGUACAGUUCUUUACUAACAGCCCUCAAUAUAAGGCCUACCUACUUCUCAGAGGAAAUGGCUCUUGAAGUUAAAUGAGACUGAAUAAAAUACAUACAUGAAGCAGAGGCUGCUCUACAUGUGUUAAGGCUAAAAUACCGGAAGAGUUUUUGAUCAGCCAGACUUGGUAGCUUGUCAUAAUGAAGAAAAUUAGUCUCAAAACAAUUCGCAAAUCCUUUAACUUAAAUAAAAGCAAAGAAGAAAGUGACUUUGUAGUGGUUCAGCAACCAUCAUUAAGUGAAUUUGGAAAAGAUGACUCCUUGUUCAGCAGCUGCUAUGGUAAAGAUUUGGCUAGCUGUGAAGUUAACAGUGAAGAUGAAAAAGGUGGCAAAAAUAGAUCAAAAAGUGAAAGCUUAAUGGGUACUUUAAAAAGAAGGCUUUCAGCAAAACAAAAGCAGAAAGGGAAAGGCAGCACACCAUCUGUAAGCUCUGCUGAUGACGAUACCUUUUCUUCCUCAUCUGCUCCAAUAACCUUUAAAGAUGUGAGAGCUCAAAGACCUCUAAGAUCCACAUCCCUCCGUAACCACCAUUACAGUCCAACACCAUGGCCCCUUCGAUCGACAAACUCAGAAGAGACAUGUAUCAAAAUGGAAGUGAAAGUCAAGGCCUUGGUCCACUCCUCUAACCCAAGCCCAGCACUGAAUGGUGUUCGAAAGGACUUCCAUGACUUGCAGUCAGAUAGUGUGUUUCAGGAACAAAACAGUACAUUAAAAAGUACGGAAUCCCAGAAUGGGGACCUACAUCUUCAUAUUGAUGAACAUGUGCCUGUAGUUAUUGGACUAAUGCCUCAGGACUACAUUCAGUAUACUGUGCCUUUAGAUGAGGGAAUGUAUCCUUUGGAAGGAUCACGUAGUUACUGUCUGGAUAGUUCUUCACCCAUGGAAGUUUCAACAGUUUCUUCUCAAGUGGGCGGAAAUGCUUUUCAUGAAGAUGAGAGUCAGGUGGAUCAAGAUGUAGUUGUUGCUCCAGAUAUAUUUGUGGACCAGGCAGUGAAUGGUUUGUUGAUUGGUACCACAGGAGUCAUGUUGCAAAGCCCAAGAGUUAAUCACAGUGAUGUCCCUCCACUCUCACCAUUGCUACCUCCGAUUCAGAAUAAUCAAAUCCAAAGGAACUUUAAUGGACUGAAUGGCACAGAUGCCCAUGUGGCUGAAAGUAUGCGCUGCCAUUUGAAUUUUGAUCCUAACUCUGCCCCAGGAGUUGGAAGAGUUUAUGAUUCUGUACAAAAUAGUGGUCCUAUGGUUGUGACGAGCCUCACAGAGGAACUGAAAAAACUUGCAAAACAAGGAUGGUACUGGGGCCCUAUCACACGUUGGGAGGCAGAGGGAAAACUGGCGAAUGUGCCUGAUGGUUCAUUUCUUGUUCGAGAUAGCUCUGAUGACCGUUAUCUUUUAAGCCUGAGUUUUCGCUCCCAUGGUAAAACCCUUCAUACUAGAAUUGAACAUUCAAAUGGUAGGUUUAGCUUUUAUGAACAACCAGAUGUGGAGGGACAUACUUCUAUUGUUGAUCUAAUUGAACAUUCAAUCAGGGACUCUGAAAAUGGAGCUUUUUGCUAUUCACGGUCUCGAUUGCCUGGAUCUGCAACUUACCCAGUGAGAUUGACAAACCCAGUAUCUCGGUUUAUGCAGGUGCGUUCCUUACAGUACCUGUGUCGUUUUGUUAUACGUCAGUAUACCAGAAUAGACCUGAUCCAGAAACUGCCUUUGCCAAACAAAAUGAAGGAUUAUUUACAAGAAAAGCACUACUGAAAGCUUAUGGGAAUCUUGCAUCUUGCACUUUGGGAACAAAAAAAAGAUUGAAAUACAGUUUACAAAUUUUCAUUGCUAUCAAAAUCUUUUGCUGCCAUAACAAUGUUUCAUUUUUGUGUGUAAAGAAGGGUAAUGCAUCUUUUUUGUUUGUUUAUGUUUGGUGUUUUUUGUUUGUUUGAGGAGGCUUUUUUUUUUAAAAGAAUGAUCACAAGGUUUUUAGAAGUGUGAAAUAGCUAUCUUUCAUCAAUGUGCAGAAAAUAAUCACAAUGUGAAUGAUCAAAUUCUCCUUAAUUUCCCCAAGUGCUGCUAUCCACUGUGAUUUUUAUGCAUUGAGUGCAUUUCAUGUGUAUUCAACCAUAAGUAAAAGUGAAAUGAAACUUGUAGAAUGGAAUUUUUGUCUUCUUAAAAUGGCCUAUUUUAUAAAGAUAAUUGUGGACAAAACAUACAGGUAGAUAAAUUACAGAAUUUAGGUAUACAGCGAAAAUGAUUUCCCAGCAUCCUAAAUGAACAUCUCCACAGAACUGCCCUAAUUUAAAACUUAUUAAUUGAUGUAGCUGUGUGAUGGAAUAUAGUUAUGCAGCAUAUCUUUGGAAACCUCCUUUCUCCUAAAUGAUUUCAUAGUUUGUAUGCGCUAUUUUGCCUUUGAGAAAUUGGGUUGAGUUUUCUUUUUCUUGGAAUUUCCUUAUAAUUUUUUCUUCUCCUUUUAAAAACAGCCUUUAAAAACAGUUUUGAAAAACAGUACAGAGCAUCAAUAUGGAAACUGUAGUAUUUAAAAUUAUGUUAAACAUGGAUUACUAAUGACAUUGUUGGAAAAAAAAAUCUACAAAUCUCCCUAAUUAUAGGAACUAUCAAUUAAAGUGAUAAUGUGACAAGACUUCUGAAAACAAUUUCUACACUACAGUUGGUUGUCCCUCCCCCCCCCCUUUUCCCUCCUGCAUUUUGAUAUUUAGUAUUUGAUUCUGGGAUUUUUGGGGGGAGUUGGGGAGGGCUUAAACAAAUUAUACCUAAGGCUGCAUUUUUUUUUAACCUUUGUAUAUUUGAAAUUAGUAACAGAAGGGGUUUUGGUUUAAUACAGUGGCCACAGAAAAGGGCUUUGUUACUAACAGUCUCAGGAGCUGUUAUGAAAAUUGACUGUUUUGACAUAAAGGUAUCAUAUCAAUUUAGUAAAUAUUUCUAACAUCUGACAAGAGGAGUAGACUUAAAAAGUCUAUGGGGAGCCUGACCUUCUAAAAGGAGAUUUCUGAAUUGGGAGACUGGGCCCUAGAUUGCAAAGUUUUCCUUGUGCAAUAUUCAUCAUAUUGGUGUUUCCCUUUAUAGCUAUUUUACAUUUGUGCUUUCAAUUUUAAAGGUGACCAUGACUAAAUUUGUUUUUUAGUUUUGUUUUUAAAUCAAUGUUAUAUUUUUUAGCAUGUCACCUUCUCCGUCAGCAGUUGGUAGAAGUUGCUACUUAGUAAAGAUCAACAGAGAAAAAAGCUGGGAUAAAUCUUUUUUGGAUCAUUUUCUUCUGGUUAUUUUAUCUAGCUUUUUUGCCCCCUGAAAUGAGUUUGUAGCAUUGGAUACACUAUUGCUGCAAAGUGCUACAGUAGCACUACAUCUUGGGUUGCCUGAAUUGAUAUGCUAAAUUUAUAUAUUUUUUUUAAUUUAUUUUUUGGACCACAGUAUUUAAAAAAAAAAAAAU